GUUCACAUUUCUUUCAUUUCCAUGAGAGAACCGAGCAGAAAUUUAAAGCUACGGCGUUUUAUCAGCAGAAAACUGGAAGCGCGUACCGUAUUCGUUUCCGUCAGGCAUUCUCGCAAACAGCCUGAACGUGUGGCAUCCUGAGGGAAGGGGCCUCCACGUGGCAGUCGCGGCGGAGGCGGAAGUAGGGCUGUUUGGAACCUGCUUUCGUCAAUACGGAAACAUGGCUGGCUGGGCAGGAUUCUCAGAAGACGAGCUGAGGAACCUUAAAAUGAAACAAGGCACAGAAUUACCAAAUCAACCUGAUCGUUCACGAAGACAACCCACAUCAGCCAAACCUGCAGCAGCCAAAAGUCGACAGCAGAUGCAGAGAAAGUUGGCUUUGCAGGCGCAGAGUCAGCAAUUGGCUAAGCAGGAUGGAUCCCUUUCUGUUCCCCCUGAGCAGCAGCUUUCCAGGCCAACCAUCAGCUCAUUAUUAAGUGCAACAACCUGCCCAGCUGAAAAAAAGCAAAUCAUACCUGGUCAACCAGAAAUGAGCACAGUGGUUAGCCCUGGCACUGACCUCAAGCAGCAGGAUUUGUGUUCUGAACAAGAUGGAGAGCUAAACAAAAAGGAUAUGGAAUUGAGAGACAAAUCUCGGUUGGAUCAUCUUCAACUAGAGCAACGUCUUAUGGAAGAGAAGAAUAAGCGUAAGAAGGCAUUACUUGCAAAAGCUAUUGCUGAAAGGUCCAAAAAAACCCAGGCAGAGACUGUGAAACUCAAGAGGAUCCAGACGCAGCUCCAGGCUUUGGAUGAUUUAGUAUCCACUGAUAUUGGAAUUUUAAGGAACCGUAUUGACCAGGCAUGCAUGGAAUUUUCUCAUGCCAAGAAGCGUUACGAAAAAGCUGAAGCAGAAUAUAUUCUGGCUAAGGUUGACUUUCAUAAGAAGACUGAGCUCAAGGAACAGUUAACCGAGCAUCUGUGCACCAUAAUACAGCAGAAUGAGGCCCGUAAAGCCAAAAAAUUAGAGGAGCUUAUGCAGCAGCUAGAAGUUGAAGCUGACGAGGAGAAACUUGAACUUGAAAUUGAAGUAGAGCAGAUGCUGCAGCAGCAAGAGGCAGAAGCAAAAAAACGAGUAGCAACCCAAGAAAUUCAAGCGCAAGUAGCUUCACCAACGGAAAAGAAUAUUGAACCAACAGAAACAAGUGCAGAAAAAGAAACCAGUUCAGAUCAGAAUGGUGUGUGCCAGUCCUCAUCCCAUCUAACAACCGAGUCUUGUGUCCAAGAUAAUAGCACAGCUCAGUCAAGACCUAAUUCCUUGUCUGAUAAGCAACCAGUAUGACUGAGCCAAAAUAUGUAUCUGGACUUUGGUGCUUAAGGAGUGUAUUGUGCCAAGAGCAUCUUGUGCACAUCUAAAACGGGGACUUUCUUGUCCAUUAUUUUGCUUUGUUGUAUGAUCAGGAUGAUUGUACGGUGAGUUUCAUGUUUUUCACUUUUGGUGCUGGAAUAUCAGACAUGGGGCUCUUCCUAAUAGUUCAUUUUUAGGGGUGCAGAUUUUGGUUCUCAGAGAAAUGAGAUCAAGACACAGCUAUAUUACAUGACAUUAUUUAUUCUCCCUUAGGUACGUUUGUCUCUGAGUUUGUGUAUAAUCUUGCCUAAGAGCAACGGUUCUGAACCAAAAUACAAAAAUAGUGACUUAUAAAUAUGGUCACUGGUGUACCAGAAGCAUUUAACUGUUCUGAUAAAGCUUACUUAGUUUUAACCUUUCCUUCUUCUUUAAGACAUUGUCAUACAGUUUAGUUCAAACUGUAUUCAGUAGAUACAGUAAAUAACUUGGUGUGGAAUUCUCAUAUCAAUUCCUUGUGUAUAUUUGCCACUUUGUUGUUUCUCCCUCUUGUAUUUUUUGUAUUCCAUUUUAUUGUGAUAUUUUUCAAAUUGUGAACCUUUGUUAUUGUAUUGUUAUACCCAAUACCCAACACUUAAAUGUUCUUUCCUUCCCCUUUGUUUUGAUUUCGGAGUUAUUCAGUAAUUCCCUCUUGCACCUUUUACACUUUUUUUAUUUAUUUUUUUUUUAAUAUAGCUCUGACCAUUAUUCAACUUUGAGUUAACUUUUUGUAUGUAAUCGAAUGACCAGUUCUAAGCAACUUUUCGAUUGGUCU